UCUGUGGAAACCAUGGAUGACACUGACUAUGCAGCCGCUGCCGAGUUGUUGCAGCGGCUCGAUGCACUGCAGGUGAGCGAAGAACACACAACUGCAUGGACACUCACCGUAUUUUCCCGGCGCUUUCUUUGUCAGGAGGAGCACUCUUCGCUCACGGAGCAGCUGCUAUCCCUGAGAGCCGACAACGAAGGUCUGGUUUCUUUCUGGCAUUCACAUGAAGGCAUCUAUUUGUCGCCGAUAUCUUGGCUGUGUGCCUGUCUGCAGGUCUGACGCAACAGCUGAAGGAGUGUGAGAGUGCGGAGGGGAGGCUGCAGCAUCUCAUCCACCAGCACCAGGUCACCAGCCUCAAGAAGGAGCAACAGACGUCUGCACUCACCAUAGAGGAAAGUCAGUACUGACUGACCAAGCACCUCAUUGCACGAUUCAUCCUCACCGCUGUGUGUGUGUGUUUCUGUGUUAACUGCCACCCGUCGAUUCGAUGACAUCGACCAGUGCGUCAGCGGGGCGAGAGUGAGCGGCUGCAGAAAGAGAUGCGGCUCCUCGACGACCAGACACAGGCAGUCAUCACCGAGGAGAGCCAAUACAGGUACGUAUCUGCACGCCGACAAAGGGCGAGGGAGGUGGGCCAGCCAUUUGAUGGCUUAUGGUCACAUGGUGUAUUCUGUGUCUGUCUGGUGUGUUGCAUUGCACGUGUGUCAGGUUGAGUGUUCUGCAGCAGUUGGGUGCGUUGCGUGAGAUGAUUGACGGCAAGUGGGCCGACAGGCUCCGCGAGGCACAGACGCUGAGGGACACGAAGGCCAACCUGCAGACACAACUCACACAACUACAAAUCGCACGGUCAGCACUGUGGGCAAAUCGAUAGACAGGAGAGAGAAAACACACUCACUGAGUGUGUUUGCGUGUGUCUGUCAGAGAGGACAAGCAGCGUAACAUGGAUGAGGCGCAGCAGCGGGCGGCCGCCAUCCUCAACCGCACCGAAUCACUCAAGACACAACUGCAGAACAUCAAACAGGAACACCAUGGUGAGAAUCAGAGAACGGGGACACCAGUGGGGCGCUGGCAACACGCCAUUCAUUAUCUCUCUCUCCGUGUCUGCCUGUGUCUUUGGUGGCAGCGAUGAAGAAUCAGACCAAUGCACUCAAACGUCAGGUUGACUACCACAAGAACCGUAAGCGACAGAGACCAACAGAGAUAAGGUAUAUUUGUUUGGCUGCAUGAGUGCGUCUGGUGUGUGUCAGGCCGUGCUCAGGUGCAAAGCAAAUAUCGCGACGAGCUGGCGCAGAAGAAGGCCGAGCAUCAACACAUCAGCGAGAAGCAGCAGCACUACGAGCAGAGGCUCGACGCCGUCUCGCUCGAACACGCCGCAGUGCAAGAGAGAGCCAGACGUCUCGGUGGGUGGGCAGGGAUGUAUGCACUGCACGUGUGUGUGGGUGUACGUGUACGUUUGUGUGUCAGGUAUUCCCGUCCCGCGUCCCCAAGAGUGAGUACGAAUCGUGUCGAGGAAGGGGGUUGAUGGCCAUGCAGCAAGCCACACGCAUGGUCCAUCUGGCUAUCCACCACAUCGCAUCAGCACACUCACUAACAGACUCUUCAUGUACACAUCAUGAUGUGAUUGAUGUACACAUACUCGUCAACAUACGUCAGUGUCAGACUGAGCGAGUGAGUGAGUGAAGGUCCGGUCCGCCUAGCUGUACAAAUGCCCGCCAGCCUCCCUGCGCAGCCGGACUGCCUACUAUUCAC